AGGAGCAGACUGCAGCCCAUCCUCAAGUUUCACUAGAUGCUCGGACAUCACACACACACACACACACACACCCACACACACACACACAUAUACAUAUACACACACACACACACACACACACACACACACAAACACACACACACAAUGAGCUCUGCCGCUCAGCUGCAAACAUUUCAUUUCAUGCCUUGGAUUUAAGCAACCACGGAUUGUUGCUCCAUAUGAGGAAGAAAAUCUUGAAAGCACCUUGUCUCCUCUUGAGUCUGUUCACAAGUUUGAAUCUCUGCUCCGGAAAGUUUGGGACGCCGAUUACUGACGAUGUGAGCAAGCUGUCGUUAUUGAAGCAGAAUAUCCCCUCCGAUUAUGAGAUUCCUGUUAGUUACAUUCCCAAAGAAGUGGCUGGCACGUGCUGGGUGGUGUUGAACAUCUAUCCCUUGGAGCAGAGUCUGAGGAAGCUAGCCAACAUGUUUGGCAACAUUUCCUCCAACAAAGAAACCAUAGUCGUCUUCAUUGCGAUGAUCAAGAGUUUACGCUUCACCUUUGACCACGAGGAGCUCGAAACUGCGAUGCAACUCUUCCAGUGUCACUAUCAGGAAGAGAGCUUGAGGUCGGGCCUUUACUUUGACUACAUCAAAGACGUUUUGAAUGCAGCCUCUAAAGGAACAUCCGGCUUCUCCUGCAAGCCGCCACCCUGCCUUAAUUCACAACAAAAACCAGGUGGUCAGCGGGAGGGUCGUAAGCACAGCUGGUCCAACAGAUAUCCAUUGCUUCUGGCUCUCAUCCCCUUCACAGCUUGUGUUGUCAUCAUAGUUUGGCUGGUCAAGUCUGGGAAGCUUUUAACAGUUUGCAACAGUGAAAAUAGCCAAAUGGCCCCUUCUGACACGCUCUCAACUGUGUCUAUCUCCAUCCCACUUCAAACACUCACCCACGCUGCUGACACUCAGCCAGUGGGGGAGGCGAUCCCUGAACAUGAGAGCUGAUGAAGCAUGAUUAAUAGAAAAGGGAAAUCUGCAACACAGAAUAACAACUCACUCUCCAGGUUCUUCUGUCAGUGCCAGGAGGCUUCUGGAUAAACAAGUGUUUUUUUCUGACACUCAUCUGAGUGCAUGGACCUGAGCUGCGAGAGACGACUCACCUGCUGUGUGUCAAAAAAUAUUCCCCAAGCACUUCUGGCCCCUAACUAUCCAAAGAGGUUUUUGGGACCAUUGGAAGAACGCCCUACACAGUGGCUGGCUAUGUGCCAAAAGGGCUGGUGAAGUACAUUAGUUGUCUUGUCUUGGCCAGUGUUUAACAGCCUCCCUUUUUUUAUUACUGCCUCAUGUCAAUUCAGGGUGUUGCCAUGCUCCACGGAGGCUUGAAUCAAACAUGAUAUCACUUUGUUUGGCAGAAGUCUUUCAGAUGGGACUCCUGUCAUCAAUUUGUUUGAUGUUAGUCUCCGAGACUCACUGCUGUAGAGUCAACAGUCAACACACUGAAUCCCACCUGCUCCACGUCUACUGAACCCCAUUGGGUAUGUGUUUUGGUAAAGCAUCAGAGGUAAAAAGGGGAAUCAAAGAAGCUGCAUUUGAUCUCACGCAGCUUGUCUUGUUGACAUUCUUGUGAUCUGUCAAAUUACAAACUUGCUUUAGUCACAAACAAAAGGCUGAGCACUUCGACAAGCGUUCUGCUUUGUGUAUCAAAGAUCUGACCAGAUGGCAGAUAGCCAUCGCCAGAGGCUCUUUGAAUCCCUUCAUUGUAUUUCAAAGCUGUUGCCCAGUGAUCUAUAGCUGCUGCCCGGGCACAGUCAGUGUGUUUUUAAUGCCUUAUUCACUGAGUCAAUCAUGUUCAGUCAUGAGAACAUGACUUACCCGAGUGUGAGCGCUGUUGUGCUGCAUGUGUCAGAGAGAGGGAGGGAGGGAUAGGACAGACAGGACGAGGGAAAGUGAGGGAGAUAGGGAUGGAUGGAUGGAUGGUCGGAUGAGCUCAGUGAGAAGCAUAAGGAGGGCUUGUUCUCAUCACAAAAGAACUGGCCGUAGGCUGGAGGAAAUGUCAGUUACAAACCCCACUGAUGUCGGCAGACCCGUAUGAGUCGUCAGGCUAAGAAUCUUUCAGACCACAUUCGCUUUGUAUAGCCUCAUCUACAGAGGAUGGUCAGUAUUUGAAUAACAGUUUUCUGUACUCGUAUGAUUUACUGUCAGUGAAGUAUGGGAAGAUAUACCUUUAUUAAAAUGUAGUACACAAGGUCUACCACAAUUGUUUUCCUGGUGACCAGUUUGCAUACUUUUCAUUUUUUUUAUUCUGUGGAAAUGUGUAUUUUGUGUAUUAUGAGAUGUUUAACUUAUUUUGUUACAAGUAAAAAACACUUAAUGACCUUUUUAUUGUAAUUUUGCAAAUGGAAAAAUAGACCAUUUCAAGCCAUGAAUGUAUAAAGAGGAUGGAAAAAAUACUGAUAACAUUCUGGGAAAAUAAGUAACUGAACGACCUUUGCAAAGCGUGCUACAGUAGCGGCUGGAACAGACUAUAAUGAUCAUUUGGUCCGUUUUACAAAAUGUUUACAAUAUUUUUUCUGCCUCGUGCAAAUGUCAGUAUUACUGUUUAUGUAUUAUAAAAGAUAGAUAUUGGUACAUCAUAUUAUUGUUGUCGGCAAAAUAAUGAUGCUUUUUUUUAAUUGCCAUAGUUAUUGUUUGCACAAGGACAAUAGCAUCAAUAAAAUGUGUUGGUGAUUCAA